GGAGUGCCCGCUGCCGGACGGGCGCGCUCGGGCUGGUCGGGGACGCCCGCGUCCCCCCUCGCAGGUGGGAUGUGGAGCCGUGCCGUGGGGAUCGGUGAUGCCGGCUAGCACGGGGAGGAUGAAACAGAGGUGAUCAGAGCCGAGAUCUCCUACUCUCUGCUGCUGACCGCUCUGAUGUCAUUGCAUUCCCUGAAACCUCCGUGGGAUUUGAUCGUGAGAUAUGGUCGGAGAAGCUGUGGAUGCCCCAUUCCUGGGGGAGUUCAAGGCCAGGUUGGACGGGCUCUGAGCAACCUGGUGUAGCGAAAGUCUAAGGUGAUACAGCAGUCCCAGAUAACAAAUCUGCGAGUGAGUGAAGCUCCGCAAGAGGAGUGAGUCAAGCUCUACAGUUGAAGUGUUACAUUUAGCACACUGGACAAGACAUCUGAUAACUGAAUAAUUAUGUUCAGGAGCAAAGCAUCGAGUCUGUCAAAACUGAUUCCCUCGAUGUUUGGCCAGUCACAGUUGGCUUACAAGUUUAUUCAUCCAGUUAUUGCUUCUCAUGGACAUCACUGUCACAGAAGUGUGAUUUACAAACAGAGGUACAGGACUCUCCGACUUAGAAGACGAACAAUAAGCACUAGGACCAAGGUCAUGUCAGAAGGAGAGUUGCCUGCUGUUUUGAUCCUGGAUAUAGGAGGAACUCAUGGCGUGCUAGAAGACCUCGCAGAACUUUUGAAGAAACACUUUCACCUUAUCACCAUGAAGGAAUUUCUUGGAAACAAAGAAGAAAUGAGGAAAAAAAUCCAAUCUGUUUUUGUGUUUGAGUGCAGGCCAACUAUUGACCGCGAGCUUCUAGAAAGUCUGCCUAAUUUAAAGAUAAUUGCAAACUCUGGGGUUGGAGUGGAUCACUUAGACUUGAAAAUGAUCUCAAGCUUUGGUGUAAAAGUGACCAACACCCCACAUGCUGUGGCAGACCCAACAGCAGACAUAGGAAUGGCCUUGAUGCUGGCCUCUGCUAGAAGACUAGUGGAAGGCUGCCACAUUGCUGUGUCUCCAGACACAAAGCAUUUUGCUGUUGACUGGCUGGGAGUGGAAGUAACCAGAGCGACACUUGGGAUCAUUGGGAUGGGCAGCAUUGGAUACAAAGUGGCUCAGAGAGCCAGGGCCUUCAACAUGAGGAUCCUGUACCAUAACAGAAACCGAAGAAGAAAGGAGGAGGAAGAGGCUGUUGGUGCCCACUACUGUGCAAAGAUGGAAGACUUGCUGCAGCAAUCUGACUUUGUUAUGUUGGUUGUGAACCUGACACCUGAGACUCACAAACUGAUUGGGAAAAAGGAGUUGGGGCUGAUGAAACCUACAGCUACUCUUAUAAACAUCAGCCGAGGUGCAGUUAUUGAUCAAGAUGCAUUGGUAGAAGCUCUCCAGAAUAAGGUUAUUAGGGCUGCAGCUCUGGACGUGACAUACCCUGAGCCCCUGCCAAGAGAUCAUCCUUUAUUAAACCUAAAUAACGUGAUCAUAACCCCGCACAUUGGAACCGCAACAGUCCAGGCCAUCCGUAUGAUGGCAGAAGAAGCCAUAGCAAACAUGCUGGCUGUUCUCAAUGGCCAACCCAUUCCAAGUGAAGUGUUUCCCAAAUGAUGAGUGCUAGAUGAUGCCACUAAAUCUCCUGCCUACAGGAAGACACUAUUUCUUACCACUUUUAAGCUGAAUAAAAAAGCAGCCUGUUCCUGCACUGCUCAUCAUGAUGCUGCAAAACUGUCAGACUUGAUCUGUUCUGUUACUUACAAUUUGUGAAAAACACCAAUCACUUGCUAGUUGCCAAACGUUUAAUAGUAAUAAAAUGGUUAUAAAAAUAGUAAUACAAAGUAGAGCAAUAAGAAUUUGGACAAUCAGAGUUAGGACAAUAAAGGACAAUAAAAGCAAAGAAUUACCAAUGUUUACUUUACUUGCAUUUCAAGAGGAUGUUUUCCUCUUGAAAGCAUGGCUCGCUAACAAAAGAUUAACUCUUAAGAGCAAUAGCCUAUUGCAUAUUCAUAUAUCUCAUACAUGAUGCAUACAUUCCUUUCCAACUAGGGAUUUCUCUGGUCAUUGUCAACUUUGCCCCCCUUAAUCCUGUUGGCACCUUAAAGACAAGAUCGUGGUGGAAGGUUUGUCUUUUCCAAUAAGGGGGCAAUAAUUCUUCUCUUGGGGAUUUAGGUGUCUUGUUGCUGUUAUCUCUGUGCAAAGAAUUUCUUGAGCUAGUUAGAAAAAGCACCUUACAUCACAUAGUUUUUAUUUUAAUAUUAUGUUAUAGCAUAAAACUAUAUUUAGCACGCUACUGAAAAGGAUUAAUACAGUAUAACUUUUUAACCUAACACAUAUAAUAUUAAUUUUAUUAUUUGCGAAAAGCCAGUCAUAAAAUAUGCAUUUUUCACACAAUUCAAAAAAAUAAAGUGAAACUAAUAAAAGAUAUUUGUUUGAAGAUUUUAACUGAGCAGUUAUGCAUUUUGGUAUCCUCAGUCUAUUUCAGUGAAUAGCAGUGUUCUGUUCCCAGUUCUUGCAGCUACAUAAUGAUAAGCAAGUGCACCUGGCAAUUUGUGUAGCACUCUCCAGUCUGUUGAAGAUGAAUAAGCAUUGAUUCCCUGCAGAAAUUUGGCUUUUCAGCCAGUAUUCCAAUAUUCUAUUUUUACAUGAAAACACUGAAGAAAUGUUCUUUAAAGUGAUUGUAGGCCUAAGGUUUUCUAAUUUAAGAAGAGCCCUGCUUCAUCUACAUGUUAAAGCAAAGCCAGUUGUUGAAAAAGUGUCAUUUUUCAUGAGGGUAUCCUUUGAAAACGAAAGUAAAUUCCAAGAGAUUUAGUUCCUCCAUGAAGACAAAAAUUAUGCUUUUAUCUUGACUGGCCAUGAAAGAAAGGUAGAAUUACCAUUGAAAUCAUAUGGGUGAGGGUAUAACCUAAAGCAAAAUUAGUGAUCAGUGCUGACUUGCAGCCCAGGACCAAACUUCUUACAUUGUCUUUUCUGUUAACAAUCAACAAAUUCAGAAAAUUUAAUAAAAUGGUUGUCACCUUAAUAAAUUCAAGAAGACUUUAUUUUGCAACAUGGUCAGGCACCCUGAAGGGAUGGUAAAAUGAAGUUCUAGUACAGGAAGUGUAAACAGGUCAAGAGUUAGACAUGCCGCAGGAAACAGUGAAAUAAUACUAGCAAGGCAACAGAAUUGCUACAGGAUUGCUAUUCCAUGAUCUUCAGCUCUUCCCAAUGUUGCUGUAGAAAAUCAAAGGUAGCUAUAAAUAGUCUGUCAAAAAACCCAAAGUAACUCAAUUCACAGACCCUCUUGGGACCAAAACCAGAUGGUCAGGGAUUCUGGGGAAAAAAAAAACCAACAAAACAAACAGUUUAGAGUGAUAUGUCCUUCUUGGAAAACACUUGUCUAAGCAUAUGUUAUUAUGUUAUUUUAUUAAUUUACAGUAGGCUCAGGAAAAGGCUCUGCCGUCACUGGGGUCUCUUCAGGACGGGUGACUGCAAAAAUCUCUGCAACAAAGCAUUAAAAAAUUAACCUGAUAACUCAAAGUUCAUUAUGAAACUGUGUAAUUUAUUUUCAUGACAUAGAUUUGAUAGAACAUUUUUCCAAACUGAGACAGGGUACUUUUUGAUUUCAGGGUAGCAAAGGAGAUUUAUUGCACUAUUUACUACAGACUACUGAUGAUCUGAAACUAAGUAAUUAAUCAGAAGUGGUGUAUUUUGAGCAUGAUAGCAGUAAUAUUGUUGCAGUGCGUGUUUUUGAUUGUAAUUCCGUCCUAGUAGUCAGUUUUAUAAACACCCCCCCCCCCAUUUUGUAUUGUUAUAGCAUAUUUUAUUGUCAAUGGCUUGUUCCUUCCCCCCAUGUUGUUUUUUUGCCCUAGAUUGUUUUGCCCUGUGUUGGUUUUGUUCUAGUUGUCCAUCUCCCCAAAGACCUGCCCUUUUGUUCCCUGUUCCUCUUCCCACUGAAUGUCAAUCCCUCCCCAAGCCUGCCCCUUUCUCUAGAAAAUUCCCUGUCAAUUUUGUAUCCUUCAAAACCGCACUGGUUUAAAUUGUUCUCGUCCCCUGUAAUCCCGUAUUGGUUUAAACAUUGUAUUCCCUGCCUUGUGUUCCACCCCCAGUUUCUCCCAAUUGGCUAAAGAUUGUAUCUCCCCUGGGGCCUGCCCCGUUUGUAGCUUGUGUAUGGCUUUGCUGCUGUGUCCUUCUGUCCCUGGCAGCUGUCUGGGGCUGGCUCACUCUCACUGACGUGUCGGGAGCUGGUUGGACAGAAGAAAUCCGGCACCACAGCAUAAUAUGAAACCUUAGAUCACGAGGGCAGACCUUGUUCAGACUGAUUAUGUGAAUACCUCUGUGUGUGUCGGGGGGCACCUAUCAUGGAAGGAGGAGAACUACCUUGGCUUUUGCACCACAGCAGAUACUGGGAUGGCUUUGCUGCUAGCAUCUGCUAGAAGACUCGUGGAAGGAAAGUGCAAGAGGAGCAAGCUGUCGGUGCCACUUACUGCAAAAAGAUAGACAGCUUGCUCCAGCAGGCAGAUUUUGUGAUGCUGGUGGUGAGCCUGACACCUCAGACACACAAGCUGAUCGG